AUGACCGACGCUGUCCAAGCGCUCUGCGCGCUCCCCAUCAAUUCUCACGACAGCCCCGAGGGGGACUGGCAGCACGCCGUUUCGCGGCAGAAACGGAGGCACAUCCCCCAGCCCACGCCCUCGACCGCUGCCGCAGGGGCACGCUUGCCUCCCAGGCCUGCCGAGAGAAUUCAACGAGCCGCUCUGAAGACUGCGUUCAGAGCGGAGCGUCAGUGGCGGCUCCGCGCGCCGGCGCGCGAGGAAACCACGCGGACGCGCUGCUCCGGCCCCGAGGAGCCCCCUCCCCCCGGGGGCCCCCGCCGCCCCCUGGCUCCGCCCGUCGGGGCGCUCCCGCGGCGGGCGCUCGCCCAGUACCUGCGCCUCCUGCGGCUCUACCCGGUGCUCACCAAGGCGGCCACCAGUGGCAUUUUGUCAGCACUUGGGAACUUGCUGGCCCAGAUGUCUGAGAAGCAGCAGAAAAAAGAAAACUGCUCUCAAAAGCUAGAUGUCAGUGGGCCUCUCAGAUAUGCCAUUUAUGGGUUCUUCUUCACAGGGCCACUGAGUCACUUCUUCUACCUCUUCCUGGAGCACUGGAUCCCUUCCGAGGUCCCCUUGGCAGGGGUCAAGAGGCUCCUCCUGGACCGCCUCCUCUUUGCACCGGCCUUCCUGUUGUUGUUCUUCUUCAUCAUGAACUUCCUGGAGGGGAGGGACACGGCCGCCUUCGCUGCCAAGAUGAGGAGUGGAUUUUGGCCGGCGCUGCGGAUGAACUGGCGAGUGUGGACCCCGGUGCAGUUUAUAAACAUCAACUAUGUCCCUUUGCAGUUCCGGGUGCUUUUUGCCAACGUGGUGGCUCUGUUCUGGUAUGCCUACCUGGCCUCUCUGGGGAAGUGAAGAUGGCCUGGAGAGAAUGUCAGACGCACUGCUGACACAGGUCCGGGGGAAACGCUCAUCUGCCCAGGGUGAGAGGAGAAACAACCCAGCCCGGACUCUAUUUGACUCUAGAUCAUGUGAUUCAAGAUGCUCUAAAAUGAUGGAGAAAUAGAAACCUAUUAAUGUCAGAAUCUUGUGUUUUAAAAAGGCAAUAGCUGUCUUCAGGUGUUGCUGCCCUAGAAACUUAACACACAGUAGAGAUGAUUUCACUUGUCACCUUGGAUUGAAUUAGGAUCACAAUAAAAUUUAAAGUAGCUUUUUCA